GGACGACGCAGCCAGACACAGGCCCCGAAGUUAUUCCCAGGGUGGGAGCAGGUGCGGGGUCGGGGAGGGAGGAGCGCGGGCGUCGCGCUCAGUGUGUCGGCGCGCGUCGCCGCCGCGAUGGGCAACCACUAUUCCGCCUCACACAAUGCAUUCAAGCCCAGGAAGAACGUUCAUUGGAAAUCUGCAGGAAGACCCGCACCACCAGGUAAACCACAGAUAAUACCAAUACUAUCCGACGAUGAGCCGAAUGCAAUUACAUUAAAAUGGGCGCCAGCGACGCACGACGGAGGAGCGCCUUUACGAGGAUAUCAGGUCGAAUGUAACAGGUUAGGAUCAACAGAAUGGAUACGCACUGCACCACCAAUCGUAUUGCGGCCCGAACUGGUACUAACAGGCCUCGAACCACCACAUAAAUAUCAAUUUAGAGUUGCAGCUCUGAACGACGUCGGUCACUCUAACUACAGUGAGCUUUCAGACGUACUCACAGUUAGUUCCGAUCGAGCGUCGCAGGAACCUCCGGUUUUUAUUAAACGUUUGGAGGAUGUCACUGCUUUAGAAAACGAUAAAGUAGAAUUCCAUGUCACUUUUAGUGGUAUACCGUCUCCUACGAUUGCGUGGUUCAAAGACGACUACGAGAUAUUUAGUAGUAGGAGAACCGCUAUAACAACAGAUGAGUCGACAAGCGUACUUUUAUUUCAUCAAAUAUUACCCAGCGACGAAGGUGAAAUUAAAUGCACAGCAACUAACCGUGGCGGACAUGCUGUUACCAAAGCACGUCUUUGUUUAGAAGCUGCACCGAAAUUACGUUACCCCCGCCAAUAUGAAGACGGGCUGCUUUACGAAAUAAACGAAACAAUAUUUUUAAAGACAACGAUAGUUGGAAAACCGACCCCUACCAUAGAAUGGCGCCACGAUGGCCACCCCAUUAUAACGGACGAUCGAAUCGAAAUUUCAAUCACUCCUAAAUUCUCCGUACUGAAAAUACAUUCAGCAAAAAGAAGUGAUCGUGGCGAAUAUCAAAUACAAGCGAAAAAUAUUAUUGGAGAAGAUACAGCCGCUUUUCUCGUAACGGUCACCGCACCACCAGAUCCUCCACGAAAUGUUUCGGUCACGAGACAAGUUGAUAAGUCUGUCACAUUAGAUUGGGAGCCACCUGCAGAUGAUGGGGGAUGCAAAGUUGGUAAUUACAUAGUCGAAUACUACCGAACGGGGUGGAAUGUCUGGUUAAAAGCUAUAACUAGUCGCAAAACCAACGUCACAUUAUUUGAUCUUAUUGAAGGAAGUGAAUAUAAAUUUCGAAUUAAAGCAGAAAGUCCUUAUGGCAUGAGCGCACCAAGUUCUGAAUCAUCACCAGUUCGCAUACCAGGGAGAGCCAUAGAUAUGGACUUCCUGGCAGUGGAAGCCAGAAUUAUCAAUGAGGCGUUGACGCGCGAAGAUGGCGAGGAACCACGUAUUUCACCGGCGCCAAGACGAAAACGAACUCGACUUCCACCACCAUCGCCUUCACAAGAAUUAAGUUCGAAUUCUGUACCAGAUACAUCAAGACACGAUCUACGACCUUCCCAAGCUCCAGAACAAAACGGUAGCAAUGAGUUUAUGCUCUUGCUUUACCCAGAAGUGCAGAAGCUGGCGGAAAAGACCGAUGCGCGGUCUAAACGGGAGUCUUUCCAACUGGACUUGGAUUCUUUAUCACCGCCUCCACUGUCACUUUCGGCACCUGAUUUGAGCUCUAGAUGUAUUGUACCAUUUAAGACUCUUCGUAAUGCCGUAAGUACUACACAACUACUUCACGAACGUGCAAUGGCUCGAUUUUAUAAAGCCAUUGAAAUGAAAGAGAAACAGACUAAAGACAAACAAAGUAAAACAAGUACAACUGUAAAUAACAUUCCGCUUAAUGAACAAACUAAAAACAGCUGUAGUCGAGAAACAACAGCAAAAACUGUUGAGAAAAUUAAAGGGCCAGAGAUAUUGAUUGAAAGCGAGUUUGUAGACAAUAAUGUCUAUAGUAAUGACACGCGGCAGUUAUCUCGUGAGUCGAUGGCUUCAGAUGGAAAAUGGCAACAAAUUUCAUUUGAUGAAGAUUAUACUGCUAGUACUGUUUCAACUGAUGGCGAAUAUUCGGACGAAGGUAGCUUUAACGGAGAUAUUGACAGGACUCAGUACUUAAAUGAAGAAGAAACAUACAAUCCCCGAGGAAAAGUAGCUCACCCGGUUUCUACAAAAGACACUAUCGUAGAAAAAGACGAAUUUUCGGAAAGCCAAACACUUAAACCACUUCCUGACCCAAAUUUUGUACCAAAGCCUAUUCUGAAAAGGAGAGAAAUUCCUGAACAAUCACCGGCUCAGAAUUUGAUGCCUCCUAAAUCUUUUGUAUCAGCACCAAAAACAGAAGCUAAAAGACAAGAAAAGCUAACAUUAUUCAAAAAAAUUACUAAAAUGCCCGUACAAAAACCUUUCAAUUUCCCCAAGAUUUUGAGUAAAAAUUCAAUGAACAAAAAACAAAACACUUCUGAACCCGAAAUCGAAAAAAUAAUUAGUACAAAUGAAAAGAAUCUUGACAAAAUAAAUGACGAAGGUCGCACGGUCAUUGACUAUUACGGUAACAUUGUUAAGGAAUACGGAACCCAUAAAAAAUCAACACCAAUUUACCUUAACACUGAAGAUUUGAAGGAAGUAGCCGAAAAACAAAAUAUUGAAAGGACGAAGACGCAAAAUGAUGGAAUUACUGAAACAAAUACAAGCAGCCAAAGCAAUAUGCCAAAAACAAUAAUUCAAAAUAAACCACAAAAUCGUGUGGAUAAAAACAUCAAACAAAGAAAGCAAAGUUCUAAUAACAUCACAGUGGAUCGAAAUAAAAGCAAACUAGAGGCGCCGCCAUUUUCAGACAAACACAACCAAACACAGAAAAAGAGCAUACCGCAAAUUCAAACUGUUCUUAAGAAAACUGAACGGGCCACUAUCGUUAUUCCAAUCAACUAUCAAGAAUUAGAAACUAAGGCUAAAAAGAAAGUGAGAUCAAUAAUCGACUACACCGUUGAUAUGUGCCUUUUAAUAUUGGCUUUUUGGGUUUAUUUAUUUAAAGAUGAAAGGUUAGCUAUCCCCUUUGUAAUACUUAUAGUAUAUCGUCAGUUACAAGAAACAAUUAUCAAGAAUAUUCCACCUUGGUAUAAACAUUACACACCCAACUGGCUGAAUAAGAAGACUUCCUGACCCUUUCCAAAAGACAAAUUAUGCUAUUACUAUUAAAAUGUAUUUAUUAUUAUUUGUAUGAUGUGUGAUAUGUGAAAUAUUUAUUGAAUCUAAACUUUUAUGUUUCGUUGUCGUAAUACGUACUAAUUAUUGAUAUUAAAAAUAAAAUGAGUUUGUCUGGUAGGUCAUGCAUACACCUUAGAUUGUUUCAGUAUUAUUUUUCAAAAUUAAAAAUGUUAGAAUAUUGUUUUUUUCGCAAAAGUCUAGUUUUGAAACAUGUUCGAUAUAUUUCUCAAUUUAAAAUACAACGUACUGACUGUGUGCCAUACGGAACGCCGCGCAAAAUAAAGGAUCCGAAACUUUGUGGUCAUAAAGACAAAGGUCUUGUCUUGGGAGUUUAUUAUAAUGAAAACGCCAAAGGUGAACCUGCCAUUCUUACUGCAAGUGCACAAAAGUAUGAUAGAGAAUCCGGUGGUAAACUUUGGAAAAUGUUAAAAUUAUCACCCAUCCCGAAAUUGGGAGAAUCAAGAAUAUUUUUCGACUUAGAUCCAACAUUUGCAUUCGUAGCUGUAUCUGGUCUUGGGUCAGAAUGUUUAACUUACAAUGUUAGUGAACAAUUGGACGAAAACAAAGAAGCUAUCCGAAUCGCUGCUGGUGUGGGUGCAAUAUCUCUUCAACCACUGAAUCCUAAAGCUAUACAUUUAGAAUCCUUUGGAAAUGCAGAAGCCGCAGCGGAAGGUGCAUAUUUAGCAAAUUGGCAAUUUGAAGAAUAUAAAAGUACGUUGGGAAAGAAAAUUCUCCCUAAAUCCCAAAUUUAUCUUCACGACGAUUGUGAUAUAGAUGGUUGGCAUAUAGGUCAAAUGAAGGCUGAAGCUCAAAAUUUAGCAAGGUAUCUUCAAGAAAUGCCCGCAAAUAUGCUGAACCCUACAUCCUUUGCAAAAAUUGCCGUUGAACUCCUAUGUGAAUUAGAUAUAAAUGUAGAAGUUAAGACACAAGGAUGGGCGGCCAGUCAUGAGAUGGGAGGAUUUGUAGCUAUAGGUAAAUCAUCGAUUCAACCACCGCUCUACGUUGAGAUCAGUUAUUACGGAGCAGGUGAGAAAACUCGACCAAUUGUGCUAAUUGGUAAAGGCGUAACUUUUGAUAGUGGCAGUUUAGAUCUCAAAUCUCCAAAAGACCUUCGUUAUAUGAAAGGAGACAUGGCGGGUGCUGGAUGCAUAUUAGCCAUAACCAGAACUGCGGCUAGACUUAAACUACCGAUCAAUAUUCGAGGCAUUCUUCCAUUAUGCGAAUUAAUGCCAAAUGGAAACAGUCCCAAAUUUGGUGACGUGGCAUAUAGCGCUAAUGGAAAAUCUUUACACAUAAGGUUACCGUCUCGUGAGGGUCGACUUCUCAUAGCAGACAGUUUGGUAUAUGCACGCAACUACUGGCCAAAACUUAUUAUAGAUAUAGGUACGAUGUCAAAAGAACUAAUUUAUACUCUAGACGGAAGUGCUUGCGGUUGUUACACCAAUAGCGAUGAAUUGUUUUGCUACCUUCAAUCAGCGAGUAGUCAGACCGGUGAUAGGAUUUGGCGAAUGCCAUUAUGGAAAUUUUACGAAGAUCGAGUAAGAGACUGCCAUACGGCCGAUGUUGCGAAUACGGGCAGGGAUGAGUUCGGCGAUUCACCAAAUUGUGCAGCUUUUUUAAAACAGUUCAUUUGCGAUACUAAAUGGGUGCAUUUGGAUACUUACAAUAUCGCCUACUCCAAAGGACGCGAUUUCCCAUAUCUUCGCCGCGGCAUGACCGGUCGUCCAACAAGAACCAUUCUCGAAUUCAUAUUUCAGUUAUUGGCUGACGCAAAACUGUAAUUAUUAUUUAAUAAAACUGUUUUGAUGUACACAUGUAAAAUUUGAAGUUUAUAUGGCCAUUAUCAUUUUCUUGAAUACAAAACUGUUUUAAACUCAAA